AUGGGAUUAUUUUCUCAAAGCGAACCUCUUCCUUGGGAACAAGCGAAAAAAUAUGCUGACCAUAUUCGUAAUCAAGGAAUAACACAAUUUUUAUCAAUUUAUAAUAAAACAAAAAAUAGAGAGAAGGACUGUUUAUUAUGGGGUGACGAGAUCGAAUAUAUGAUAAUUGCAUAUGAUGACGAAGACAAGAACGCAAAGCUAUCAUUAAAAGCUUCAGACAUUUUACACGAGUUGCAAAAAGAAACAGAGGAAGCAUCGAAGAAAGAUGAAGCAAUCGAAGCAUUAUGGCAACCUGAGUACGCAGCAUUUAUGAUCGAAGGUGUCAGAAUUCCUGGUGUCCCUUAUGGGAAUACUUUAAAAAGCCUGCUUCGAGUUGAGCAAAAUAUGAAACUCAGAAGAAAAAUUGUAUCCAAAUAUUUAGGCCCAAAUGAAAGUAUAAUUACUUUAUCCAACUAUCCACGUCUUGGCUGCCCGGGUCGAUUUUCAGAGCCUCAUCAUGAACCAUUUGGGCCUAAAUUAAAAAGUUUGUUUGUGCCAGAUGAGAUCCUGAACCCUCACUUAAGAUACCAUGCAUUAAGUGAUAGUGUUAUAAAUCGUCGAGGAUCAAACGUCGCUAUCAAUAUUCCGAUUUUUCAUGAUAAAAAAAGCUCAAAUUUAUUUCAUGACUGUGAAGAAGCGUUACCAGAUCACAUAUAUAUGGAUGCUACUGCUUUUGGAGGGAGUUGCUGUUGUCUGCAAACAACCAUUCAAGCUUGUAAUAUUAGAGAAGCUAGGAAACUAUAUGAUCAAUUAGCAAUUUUGAGUCCUAUAAUGUUGGCGUUAACUGCUGCAACACCAAUUUGGCGGGGCUAUCUGUCCGAUAUGGAUUGUAGGUGGUUUGCACUUAUGAAUGCUGCUGACGAUCGUACAAAAGAAGAACGGGGUUUAGAACCUCUUAAAAAUGAUCGAUUCGUAAUAAAUAAGUCACGUGCGGGUUCAGCCGCUUAUUAUAUAUCAUCUGAUAAAACACUAAAGACAGAGUAUAACGAUAUACAUUCUGUGUAUGAUCGAAGUAUUUAUAAAAAAUUAGUAGAUAAUGGGGUCGAUGAGCUUUUGGCACGCCAUGUGUCUUAUUUAUUUAUUCGUGAUCCUCUUGUUGUCCUUGAAGAAUCAUUGCAUCAAAAUGAUGAAUCGUCAUCAAAUCACUUUGAGAACAUUCAAUCAACAAACUGGCAAUCAGUACGUUUCAAACCUCCACCACCAAACUCAAAUAUUGGUUGGCGGGUUGAAUUUCGUUGUAUGGAAGUUCAAAUAACCGAUUUUGAAAAUUCUGCAUUCGCAAUUUUCAUUGUACUUUUGACUCGCAUUAUUCUUAGUUAUGACUUGAAUUUUUAUAUACCAAUCUCAAAGGUGGAUGAAAAUAUGGUUAUUGCUUAUAAGAGGGAUGCAUUAAAUACUGAAAAUUUUUGGUUCAGAAAGAAUAUAUUUGCAAAUUGCGAUGGAGGUGAAGACGAACUUGAACAAAUGACUAUUAAUGAAAUUAUAAAUGGUAAUGGUAAAGAAUUUCCGGGAUUAAUUAAUAUAAUAUUCCAAUAUCUCGAAUCAAUGAAUAUUGAUAUUGAAACAAGGUAUCAUUUGGGAAAGUACCUUGAAUUUAUUAGAGGGCGCGCUAGCGGUAAAAUCCAGACAGCAGCAACGUGGAUAAGAAAUUUUGUGCGAUCUCAUCCAAAUUAUAACCAUGAUUCAAUAGUUUCUCAAGAAAUCAAUUAUGAUCUUAUAAAAAUGGUAGACGGAAUACAAAAAGGUCAAGUUAAGGCGCCUGAAUUAUUGGGUGAAUUUAAAAUUCAGUGA